ACUGCAGCAGAGUAGCACCGCUGUCAGGAAACAGAAGCCCACUACGAAUGCAACUCGCAUAACCAGCUGAACGAGGACGGUUGACCUGCGUGAUUUACCAUGACAACUGAAUCAGGCGCAGACUCGGAGGCCCAGCAGCCGCAGGAGAACAAAGAGUCGGAGAAGGGGAAAGCUAAAGCAGCAUCCCAGCCCAGCCAGGCAGCAGCCGAACCAACUUUGCCUCAGAGCCAGCCGGAGCUGCUUCCCGCCGCCGCAGGACACAGCACCCCGGCCCGGAAAGAACAGGAGCAGCAGGAAGAGGACCAAGUCUCCCACAGGUCAUCCACCAGUCGUCUGUCCAGGUCUCCUUUGAGAGGAGUGAAGAAGGUGAAGAUCAUGCAGUGUAAAGUCACCCUGCCGGACGGCUCCGACUACACACUCAAUGUGGAGAAACGAGCCAAGGGACAGGUGCUCUUUGAUAAAGUGUGUGAUCACCUCAACCUGCUGGAGAGAGACUACUUCGGAAUCACACACAGAGAUGUAGAGAACCAGAAGAAUUGGCUGGACCCCUCCAAGGAGCUGAAGAAGCAGAUUAGGACUGGUCCCUGGAACUUUGCAUUCAACGUGAAGUUUUAUCCCCCAGACCCCUCCCAGCUGACCGAGGAUAUCACAAGGUACUACCUUUGCCUGCAGCUCAGAGAUGACGUGGUUUCGGGUCGUCUGCCUUGCUCCUUUGCCACCCACACAGUGCUGGGCUCCUACACGGUGCAGUCUGAACUGGGAGACUACGACCCCGAGGAACUGGGCAGCGACUACAUCAGCGAACUGCGCUUCGCACCCAACCAGACCAAAGAGCUAGAGGAGAAGGUCAUGGAACUCCACAAGACCUACAAGGGGAUGACACCGGCUGAAGCAGAGAUGCACUUCCUGGAAAACGCCAAGAAGCUGUCCAUGUAUGGUGUGGACCUCCACCACGCCAAGGACUCUGAGGGCGUGGAGAUCAUGUUGGGAGUUUGUGCAAGUGGCCUCCUCAUCUACAGAGACAGGUUGCGGAUCAACAGGUUCGCAUGGCCCAAAAUCCUCAAGAUCUCCUACAAGAGGAACAACUUCUAUAUCAAAAUCCGGCCCGGCGAGUUUGAGCAGUUUGAAAGCACGAUCGGUUUCAAGCUCCCAAAUCAUCGCGCUGCCAAAAGGCUGUGGAAGGUCUGCGUUGAACACCACACCUUCUUCAGGCUGGUAUCCCCUGAGGCGCCCCCGAAGAAGUUCCUGAGCCUCGGCUCCAAGUUUCGCUACAGCGGCAGAACGCAGGCUCAGACCCGCAGGGCCAGCUCCCAGAUCAUCAGACCUGCUCCGUUCUUCGAACGCUCCUCCAGCAAACGCUACAACAUGUCCCGCAGCUUAGAUGGAGCUCCCAUCAUGGAGAACCACGAGACUCUGAUGAAGGACAGCGCUGCGGACGGGGCAGCCAAAGUCAUCGCCAAGGGAGACAUUAUCACCACGGUAACAACAGAGAAGAAAGCAGAGGAAGAGAAGGCGGAGGAGGAGGACGCUCAGAUGGAUGCUGCAGAGACACCGGAGCCCACUGCCACGACGCCAAUCAGACAAGACACAAAGAACUCCCCUCGUGUAUACACAACCGACCCCCUCCGCUCCGAGCUCUCACUCCCCUCAUCUCCCGUGUCAUCCACUAAAGUGCGGCGGAGGCGCAGGGAGAACGCGCGCAAACGAGCCUCGUCAGUCAGUCCAGCCAAGAGCAGCGCUGGGUGCCGCCGCCGGCAAGCCCGCGCCGACCGCAAAGCCGCCCUGCUGGAGGAGCAGGCGCUGCUGCUCUCAGCCCGCAAGCAGAGGCUGGAGCAGGGCAAGGGCCGCGGCGGCACGCUCUUCUCCUUCUCCCUGCACCUGCCUGACCUGUCCUCCAUCCUGGAUGAUGAUGGCUACAUCACCUUCCCCGAUCUGUCAGAGAUGCACUUCCUCCCUGAGUGCGCGCAGAACUUUCUCCCCAUUAAGUCACCCUCACUCAUCCCCUGCUUCCUCUUCAUCUUCUUCUUCCUGCUCUCCACCUCCUUCUCCGUCCCUUACGCCCUCACCCUUUCCUUCCCCCUGGCGCUGUGCCUCUGCUACCUGGAGCCCAAGGCAGCCUCCCUGACCGCCUCCAUAGCCCAGGGCUACCAUGACCAUGACAGUUCAGAGGAAGAGGAGACUGACAGCGAACAAACUGACUUUGCCUUUGAUGGAGAGAUGACUGCCACAGAGUCGGAAGCAGAUGAGGACUCUGAGAUGCGGACUCAGGACACUGAGCCUCCAGCGGAGAUGGUCAAGCACCAAACCAACAUCAGCGAGCUGAAGCGCUUCUUCCUUGAGACCGGCGACAGCACGCCGGGCCUGACAGAGUGGGAGAAGAGGCUGUCCUCGUCCCCCGCGCGCUCAGCCAGAGCAGAUGAAGCACCAAUGAUAGAGCCUCUGGAGCCGCAGGAUACUGAAGAUGAACAGCCUGUAGGAGGUGAGACAAAGGAGGAGGUGGAACCUAAAGCCACUGAGGCGACAGGAUAUCUGGUGAAAUACGUGGUGGAUAGUAUCGUAACAGAUGGGGCCACCUCCACGGGGCCUCACGGGAUUAGUCUGUCAACCACUAUGGACGACGACGUCUUCAUGGACGGCACCCUCAGGGAGGUGGUGGAGAAGACGCCCGACUCCCAGGAAGAAGUGUCGGAGAGGUCGAUGUUGAAGGUCAGCCCCGGAGCCGUCAGAGACGAAGUGUCCCAGGCCAUCAGUGACAAGAAAGGAACGCUCAUUAUCUUGAAGGAGGCGGAGGAUAAAGUGGACACUGAGGGCAAAGAGACGAGUGUCUUGGGUGAAAAAGAGGAGCCUGUCCCUGGAGAGGCUGACACUGAGGAGAAGGAUUUGCUGUCUGCUUCCAAAGAGAAAGAAACUAUCAAAGAAGACGGUGCUGUUGUCAUAGAAACCCAAACCACAGUGGUCAAGACACUGAGUCCGAAGAUCGAGAUAAAAACUGAUGACAUAAAUCAGAUUAAAGGUAUUGACUCGCCCAAAAAGGCCAUGGCGUCGUGGAUUUCUGAGGAGGUGAAGACCGAGGGGUCAGAGGUCAUCAGUGUGUCUGCAAAGGAAGUCCGAGAGAUGAAGACCUGUGGCAGUCUGCAGCAGAAAGCCGAAAUCUUCACCUUUGAAGAAGUCCAGAGCAAACAGUCAAAGUCCAGCGUGACUCAGAUUACAGUUUCUGAAUCUUCGACCUCAUCCUUAGCAGUGUCCACGCUGGGAUGGGUCUCCUCCUCUCAAAAGACAUCGGCUGAUCCAGAGGAGAAAGCGGUGGUUGCCACGGAGACGGAGGCAGCGCCAGCUGAUCUUGAGGUCAGCGAGGCCGGUACCAAAGAGAUGCCUGUGAUCCACACAGAGACAAAAACUAUCACCUAUGAGGCUGCAGAGGUUGACACUAAUGGUGACGCAGACCCCGGGGUGUUGCUGAGCGCCCAGACCAUCACCUCGGAAACCACCAGCACCACGACAACCACACACAUCACAAAGACGGUAAAAGGAGGAAUAUCAGAGACAAGAAUCGAGAAGAGGAUCGUCAUCACAGGAGAUGCAGACAUCGACCACGAUCAGGCUCUGGCUCAGGCCAUAAAGGAGGCUAAAGAACAGCAUCCUGACAUGUCAGUGACCAAAGUAGUGGUACAUAAAGAGACAGAGAUCACGCCAGAGGAGGGGGAGGACUGACCCAGGAGUAACACUGAGGGGCUGUUUCUGUUCAACCUCCCACAAUCCAACAUCCAGAACUCCUCAUAUUACGCCGGGGACUCUCAGAAGACUAGAAAGGCUCCUUACUCUCCAAAUGCUGCAGCUCGCCGCUAGUCGCAACCAUCACCUGCAAAAUAAAUAAAUGCAUUUUGCAUGAGAAGGACGCAAUGUUGCAUUAUCAAACAAAUGGCAAGAUUAUACAGAAAACCGUACGAUUUUAAAAAAGGUUCUCGAUCCAUCUGCACGCCGAAUCCCUGUGUGCAGCAAGCAAACCUUUUUGCUUUCACUGCCUUAUGACUUUGAUGCAUUUUUAUGAUUAUUGAGAAUAAUUAUUGUAGCAACAUUUUAUUUAUGAAAUAAAGCCAUCACUCCAGAAACUUUAAAUUGCCGUAGAUUUGUAUAUGUUAGAGAGCAUUACACUAUUUAACCUUGCUGUAGAAGUGCCAACCUCAUUUGCCAGCAAGCAUCGCCUCACUCACUCAAACAACCCUAUGAUUUUCCGUGAGGUGUGUCACAACAGAAAUCACUACAGCCCAGUACUGUACAUAUCAAAGCUUCCUUAGGAAAAUAGCAAAUUAUCUUUCACAGUUGAUUUUCGUCAUGUCCACUUGAAUUGUGUUUUUCCUUUUUAUGAUCAUUUCAGUAUUUUAUUGUUUCUCAUCAGCUGAUUCCACCACUUGCAACACCUUUUUUUUGGAGGUCUACUUUGGCGAAACGCCAAGGAAUCAAGAAUUCUGUGCAAGAAAUAGAUUUUUAUGUGCCUGUGCAGGCUUUGAAUGUUUCCCAGGGUAGACGAUCGGUUGCACCACAAGUCCCAGGUUUGUGUGACUGUGAGGCGUAGGGCUCAGACUGCCGAGCUCUGCCCAGACUAGAUGCAAAGCCAAAAGAGAUCUGUCAACCCCCGACACACACACACACACACACACACACACACACACACACACACACACACACACACACCGACCGCCACCUCCUGAACAUGUCAGCUGUAUGCCUCCCUCAUCUGUUUAACUGUAUCUGAAUAACCAAGUAUUGUUCAUGUACAGCCACAUUUUCCUCAAAAUGGUGGAAUAAAAGUGGCAAAUGCA